AUGGGUUACGAUUCACCAUCCAGAGGAAGAGGCGGCGGAGGAGGUUUCCGAGGUGGUCGUGGCGGUUCACCAGGAGGCUUUCGAGGCCGUGGAGGAGGCGGCGGCUUCAGAGGACGUGACAGCGACGGCGGAGGAUUCCGUGGAGGUCGUGGAGGCGGCUUCAGAGGUCGUGACAGCGACGGCGGAGGCUUCAGAGGCGGACGUGGAGGCGGUGGCUUCCGUGGUCGUGACAGUGAUGGCGGCGGUGGAUUCCGUGGAGGUUUCCGAGGUGGCCGUGGCGACUCGCCCGGUUUUCGCGGUGGCUUCCGCGGAGGACGAGAUGGCGGCGACGGUGAAGUCUCAGGAGGUGAGCAACAGUUCAAUUAUUAGUGUUUAUUUUUCGAGCUUUACAUUUUUUCGGUUACUGACUUUUUUUUUCAGUCUCAGAAGCGUGAUGCUCAUAGAGCAUUAAGCCAUAUUCUCAGUUCUUGUAUCAAUUUUUUAAUUCCAGGAUACUCCGGUCGCAAGGAAUUCUCGCCACGCGGUCGCGGUGGCGGAUUCAGCCAAAGAGGAGGCAGCGGUGGCUUCAGAGGAGGGGAUCGAGGAGGCUUCCGCGGCGGUCGUGGUGAUGGUUUCCGUGGUCGAGGCGAUGGUUUCCGCGGCCGGGGCGGAGAUCGUGGCGGCAGGGGCAGCUUCACGCCUCGUGGCGGUCGAGGUUAGCUGGAGAAUGAAGAAUUUUUUUUAAUGAAUGUUGUGUUUUUAGGAGGAUUCCCCAACAAAGGAGCUUUCAGUGAAAAGCGCAAGACUUUCGGCGAUGAAGAUGACGAGGAAGGUUAGUGCCAAAAAAAUUUCCGAGAAAAUUAUUCAAUUUUAGAGCAGCCGAAUGCUAAGAGGGUAAAGUCUGCGCCAAACACGCCAUUGGCUGGAAAGAAAUUCCAAAAGGUACUGUUGAAUCACAAGGACGGCUUUGGAGAAAUGCAAGAUGGCUAUUUCUAAAACCACUUAUCUUUUAAAAAUUAAGUUGAAUUUAUAAUGAAGGUGCUAGCUAGUUCCAGAAGUCUAGAUAUUAGUUUUUUCAAUAAUAAACUCCGAUCGUCAAGCCAACCUUAAUGCCAAUUUUUUCUCUUUUUUUUUCUGUACAUGUUAUUUUGUUCUGCCUGUAACUAAAUAAUAUUAUUAUUAACCUGAUUUCCGGAAGAGAACUUAUAUUGUCAAUUUUCAGAAGGGACCUUACGGAGAAAGCGACGAUGAUGACGACGAAGAGACUCCCAAGAAAGUGAAAAGAGUGCCAAUCACCUCGAACGGUCAGGAAGAUUCCGAUGAGGAAGAUUUCGACGACGAAGAAGAGGAUGAGGAGGUCGAGGAAGAGUCUGACGACGAGGAACCUGCACCAGCUGCUGCUGCUGCCAAAAAAGUAGCUGUCCCAAAAAAGGCUCCAGCUCAAGCGGAGAGUGACGACGAAGAUGACGAAGAGAUCGACGAAGAUGAGGAGGAAGAAGAAGGUUUGAAGCUCGAAAUCCGAUAAAAGAAUAACGCUUUGUUCAGAUUCUGACGACGAACCCGCUCCCAAGAAGGCUGUUGUCACGCCUGUGAAGGGUAAAGCAGCUGUCGCUGAUGAUGAAGAUGACGAUGAUGAGGAAGAAGAAGACGAGGACGAAGAAGAGGAGGAGGAUGAUGAAGACGUGAUAAAUAAAUAUAUAUAAACCAGUUAAUUUUUUUAUUCUAGGACGAGGACGAGGAAGUGACUGAGCCAGUGACGUCUAAAACGCCUGCCCUCAAGAGCUCCUUGAAAAGCGCUGCAACCACCGAAGAGAAGAAGAAAGUCGACCUUUCUGCAGUUGCUACUCCAGUGACGGCUGUUUGCUAUUUCUUCUCAUACAUACCUAAAAAUGGGCAUUUUUAGGGCAAGAAGACUCCAGCGACCCCUCAUCCUGCUAAAGGCAAAGCUGUCGAUGUCCCAAAACUCAAUUUCGACGACGAUUCUGAGGAUGAUGAGGACGAGGAGGAUGAAGACGAAGAAGUGGAUGAGGAAGAAGUACGUAGCAUUCUUGGAAAACUUGAAAGAGCUAAGAAAAAAUUAAUUAUUGAGGAACUUCUGCCUCAAAAUAAGUUUUUGUGCAUAUUUAUUGCGAUAAAAAUUAAAAGUUUAAUUCAGAAAUUUGACGCUUUCUAGACAAUAAAAAUCAGGUGUAAACUUUUUUCCUUCACUAGGUUGAACCAUGCGCUCACAGAAAUUAAAACUCUGGGUAAAUAUACAUAAUUUUCUAGGAGGAAAGCGACGAGGAUGUUCCCAUCAAGAAGCAGCUCCAACAACAACCUAGCGGCGAAGAAAGCGACGACGAGGAAGAAGAUGAAGACGAAGAGGAAGAAGAAGACGACGACGAGGAUGACGACAAAGUUGCAUCCGUCGCCCAAUUGAAGAAACCUCUACCUACUCGUGCUGGAAACACUGCUAAGGCUGCUGAUUCUGAUAGUGAAGAGGAUGAGGAAGAGGAAGACGAGGAAGAAGAAGAUGAUGAGGAGGAGGAAGAGGAGCAGCCGAAAAAAGUUGCUGCUCAACCGAUCAAGGCUCCUACGAUCCCUCCGAAAGCCACCGCCGCUCAGGAACAAAAGGGAAUCAAGCGAAAGAUUGAAGAGAAGGCUACCAAUGGAAAGCAAGUCAAAACUGCGGUGAGUAUCUGGAUAACUGGUAGCAUUUUGAAAAAGUUGGAAGUUCGAGAAAAACCCUUCAACUAUUCUCUUUCAAAAAAACGCUAUAACUUUUCCGCGAAGUGACUGAGAUCCAAAAAUGUGAAUACUGCAAUUCAAUUUUUAGUAUUUUCAUAAUCUUGUGUAAUAAAAAAAAGUUGAAUUCAAAUCUUUUGCAUACUGAUAUUUUUUAUGAAGAGAAGCCCCACCCCGAUGUUGCGAAAAUAAAAUGAUUGAUUGAAGAGAAGCCCCUUAUAUUUCAUUUAAAAAAAUAAUUUAAUUUCUAGUGCAAAAAUUAUGAAGAUUAGACAAGAAAAAAAGCUUGAACCCUAAAAAUCGGUGACUCGUUUUUUUUCCAAUGGAUUAUUUUUUUAAUAAAAAGUUCUUCUUCAGCUCGAUGAGGGUGUUCUUGGUGAAGAGGAACGUCGCCGAGUAGAACGCCACAACCGCACACUCUACGUCAAGAAUUUCCCUCAUAACAUGCCGGUAAAAAAGGUCUCAAUGUAAUAGCUCUAAAUAUUAUUUUGAAGGACUCUGAGCUCUCGAAACUGGCGCCCGAUGUCGAAUCGGUUCGCAGAAACCGGAAAGCAACGUUCGGAUGGAUUUUCUUCAAGACUGAGGCGGCUUGCGACAAGGCCCACGAUCUUUUGAACAAGAAAAACCUGAAAGGCCGCGAGUUGUUUGUUGAUUUCUGCGGAGCGAAAUCGAAGAACCCACCCGGUUUGAUUUUUUACGUGGUGAAUUAGUUAAUUAUAUUUUUAGGAGAUAAACCUAAGCUUUCGACGGAGGUAAACCCCUUGGAGUUGUACCUUUCGCCGCUACCCGCCGAGUGCAAGCAGACCGACCUGAAGAACAUCUACCCACAGGCUGAAAGCAUCGUCAUGAAAACUGGAUUCAAGGGAGCGUUGAGCAGAAAGUUUUCCCCUUUCGAAAUUCACCUGAUAACUUUUCUUUUCCAGAGUCGCUUUCAUCAAGUUCCCAUCGGAAGAAGAAGCUCGCGCUGCCUUCCUGAAAUCGAAAAACUUGAAGAUCAAGUCGCAGAAUGUUGACGUGUUUUAUUCGCACCUGAGAAACAACCUGAACAAAGUCAAGCCCAAGGAGAAUGUAAAGGUGAGUUCAUCUGGAAUGAAAGUCAAAUUAAAUUUUUUUUUUAAAUAGCUUCGUUUUUUUUUUCGAAUAAAUAUUGUAAAUCGAAUUUUUAAAAUUUCUGAUUUUUAGGACAGCAAGAAAAAUCAACCUGCUGCAAAACAACCCUUGAAGCAGCAAAAGUUGGCCCCCGCCAAAGCCGAUUCUGAUGAUGACGACAGCGAUGUCGCCUCAAGUGACGAAGGAAUCGAAGAGCUCGAUGAGGCUCCUCAACCUAAGAAAUUUUUGAAAAAGGUGCUUUUUUUGAACAACUUUUGAUUGAAGAUGAGAUUCUUUCACAGUUGGCGUCUUCCUUUUUUUUUCAAUUGGUCUAUCUAAUAAUUGAACCAUCUUUUGAAAAUCAGAUCUUAAAAAAUUAUUUCGAAAUUCAAAGGCGCCUUAAAUUAUAUUUACUGGUGCAAAUAUUUUUCUCUCAACUGUAAGCCAACUGUGAAAGAAGUUAAAAAAUUUUCCUCGAAGACUGUUCUUAGUUUUAACAAAAUUUAAUUAUGUUUCAGGCGCCGACGGUUGUGAAGGCUGGCUUCAAAGGAAAGCCUGGACAGAAGAGAAAGUAA